AUGGCCUCGGCGGAGGGGACCCGGGAGCGGCCGGAGGCGCUGGGGGGCCGCAGGGCUGCGCUCGGCUCCCCCCUGCCGGCCGCAGGGGAAGGCUGUGGCUGCGCCCGGCCGGGCCCCGCCGCGGCACCGGUUCCCGGGCACGAUCGGAGCCGCGGAACCGCCGCCUCCGGAGCUGCCCGGCCCCCUGCCGCCGGCAGCGGGAGCUUCCCGCGGGGGACUGAACCCAGCCGAGGAGUGUCCCCGGUGCUGCCGCCGCUGCUGCUGCCGGGCCCCCCGGGCGGCCCCUACCUGCGAGCCGUUCUGGCAGACUCGCGGUUUUUCUUGGUGUGCAUGUGCUUCCUGACCUUCAUCCAGUCCUUGAUGGUCUCCGGCUACCUGAGCAGCGUCAUCACCACCAUCGAGCGCAGAUACAGCCUGAAGAGCUCGGAAUCGGGGCUGCUGGUCAGCUGCUUCGACAUCGGCAGCGUGGUGGUCGUGGUGUUCAUCAGCUACUUCGGGGGCCGCGGGCGCAGGCCGCUCUGGCUGGCUGUGGGGGGGUUCUUCAUCGCCCUGGGGGCAGCGCUUUUCUCCUUACCUCACUUCAUCUCCCCGCCGUACCAGAUCCAGGAGCUGAACUCCUCGGUCAGCAACGAGGGCUUGUGCAUGACGGGCAACGGCAGCGCCAAGGAGCAGUGGGACUCGCCGGGCUGCCUCAAGGACUCGGGCGGCAACGACCACUCUCUCUACGUAGCUUUAUUCAUUUGUGCCCAGAUCCUCAUUGGCAUGGGCUCCACACCCAUCUAUACCCUGGGACCAACCUACCUGGAUGAUAACGUCAAGAAGGAGAACGCCUCGCUCUACCUAGCCAUCAUGUACGUGAUGGGAGCCCUGGGGCCUGCGGCUGGGUACCUGCUGGGAGGACUUCUCAUUGGGUUCUAUGUGGAUCCUAGGACAACUGUUUAUAUUGACCAGAGUGAUCCCCGCUUCAUUGGCAACUGGUGGAGUGGCUUUUUGCUCUGUGCCAUUGCGAUGCUCCUCGUCAUCUUUCCCAUGUUCACCUUCCCCAAAAAGCUCCCUCCUCAACACAGGAAGAAGAAGAAGAAGCUGAACUCUGAGGCUGCUUCGAGCGAUGAUGAGGUGAUGAAAGAGAAGAGCAGCAGCAGGAUGCAAGCAGAUGGCGCAGUGCCUGCCUCCAUGGGCUUUGGGAGGAAUGUUAAAGAGCUCCCAAGAGCAGCUGUCAGGAUCCUAAGCAACAUGACAUUCCUUUUUGUCAGCUUGUCAUACACAGCCGAGAGUGCCAUUGUCACAGCUUUUAUUACCUUCAUCCCCAAGUUCAUCGAGUCCCAGUUUGGCAUCCCAGCUUCCAAUGCCAGCAUCUACACUGGUGUGGUCAUUGUCCCCAGCGCUGGAGUUGGGAUUGUCCUAGGUGGCUACAUCAUCAAAAAGCUGAAACUGGGUGCGAGGGAGUCUGCCAAGCUGGCCAUGAUCUGCAGUGGGGUGUCCCUGCUCUGCUUCUCAACCCUCUUCAUUGUUGGAUGCGAAAGCAUUAAUCUGGGAGGGAUAAACAUCCCUUACACCACUGGCCCCACUCUUGCCGUGGCCCACAGGAACCUGACUGGGAGCUGCAAUGUGAACUGUGGCUGCAGGAUUCACGAGUACGAGCCCGUCUGUGGCUCAGAUGGCAUCACCUACUUCAACCCCUGCCUGGCUGGCUGCAUCAAUGGUGGCAACCACAGUGCUGGGGUGCGCAACUACACGGAGUGCGGCUGCGUGCAGAGCCGGCAGGUGAUCGCGCCGGGCGCAGGGCCGCGCAGCCAGCUGCGCCUCGUCAUCCUCCAGACCUACCUGAACCACCACGGCUACGCCACCUCGGGCAAGUGCCACCGCACCUGCAACACCCUCAUCCCCUUCCUCAUCUUCCUCUUCAUCGUCACCCUCAUCACCGCCUGCGCCCAGCCCUCCGCCAUCAUCGUCACACUCAGGUCUGUGGAGGACGGGGAGCGACCCUUUGCCCUGGGGAUGCAGUUUGUCCUGCUGCGGACUCUGGCCUACAUUCCCACUCCCAUUUACUUUGGGGCUGUCAUUGACACCACGUGCAUGCUGUGGCAGCAGGACUGCGGCGUGCAGGGCUCCUGCUGGGAGUACGACGUCACCUCCUUCCGCUUCGUCUACUUUGGGCUGGCAGCUGCCCUCAAGUUCGUGGGGUUCUUCUUCAUCUUCCUGGCCUGGUACUCCCUGAAGUGCAGGGAGGAGCAGCUGCAGAGGAGGUGCUGGGGGGCUUCGCCGCUGAGCACUGUGAGCGAGCUGGUUGGGCAGGCUGGACCCCAGCACAGCUACGCACGGACUCGAUCCUGCCCCACCUUCAGCUGCCGAGCGGAGCCCAGCGCGGCGCCAGGAGCCAGCUGCGUGGCACACACCUACCCCGGACCCUUGGCAGAAGCAAUAAAUUCCUCCCGUGAGACCCCCUGGGAAGAGGUCACUGCUGAUAUCUAG